AAAAUGAGGAUCUAGAGUUUUAUGUGCAUGAAUUACACACAGUUGCAACAUGCAUGAAAGUAUAUAGUACUUUCGUUAACCCUCUAAAUGGACCUUAAAUGUGGCCUAAGACUGACAGAGUUAAUCCCUUAAUCCCACCAACCCCUAUUAAGGAUAAGAGAGGUAGAAAGAAGACAAUGAAAAGGAAAGAGGCUGAAGAAUUGGAGCAGGCAGCAGAGAAAGGAAAUUUGGAAAGAAAGGCCUGGUGAAUAUGAAAUGCAGUUUGUGUGGUAUUGUUGGGCAUAACAAGAGAUUUCAUGGAUUAGCCAACACUGGAGCUCCAAAAAGUAAAAAAAGAAGAAAGGAUAACAUCAUCACCUACACUGCAGAUUAUUCUACCAGUAGAAUUGAAGUGCAUCCUCAACAUAAUGAAAGUGAAACAAGAUCAGUCCCUAUCCGACCACAAUGGAUGAUGGAUAUUGACAGUCAAAUACUUGGGAAUGAACCAGCAACACGGAGAAGUAGUGCAACUCAGUCUUUUCCUGUACCACCAUAUACUGCAUACAAUAAAGAGACUUUGAGGAGAAAUAGCGAUUCAGUCACCUCAAAGGCCAACUGUUUCCAAGCUGCCUAUAAGGAAAAAGCAUCCAGUAAACACAAAGCAACCAUGGAAAUAAUUAGAAUAUAAAAAUUACUGUAUUUUUUAUUUUUCAAGGCCUAAAUUUGGCCUAAACAGUUGAAUUUUUUUUUUUUUUGAAGGCCUAAAUUUGGCCAAACACUUUUCUUUCCGUCCUUCAAGAGCUGUUGGCAUAGUUUAUGCCAAACGCAAUUUGGCAUAAUUUAUUUGAUAGGAAUUCCAUUAUGAAAUGCCGU